AUGGCGGCUUAUGCAGCUCUGCUCUCUCUUAAGCGUACCAUCGACCAAAUCCAGACUCAUCCUUCCCCUCCAAUUUCUCUCAACCCAACACUCAUUCAAUCUCUCACUGAAAAACUUACUUUCUUGCAAGAGUUUCUCGAGAAUCAUUCAAUUGAUGUAGAGGGUUUGGAGGGCCGUCUAGCCGACGCAGCUUAUGAAGCAGAGGACUUAAUCGAGUCCCAUAUAGUCCAUCAAAUUCAUGCUGAAAAGGCCAAUAAUGAGAACAAAAGCAAAGCCACGAGCCGAGAGGAAAAUUUCAGUCCCAUUGACUUGUAUCAAGGACUGCAGAAAGUGAUGCAAGACUUGGAUUUGAUCAAGGGAGACCUUGUGGAGAAUACGAAGCACAGAGGAAUACAGGUGGAAAGAAAUUAUUCGAUGCCAGCUGGCCAAUCGAGAUCGCCUCCCCUAACCCAAUGUGCCAUGGUGGGUUUCGAUGAUGUCUUGCUUGAAGCCUUGGAUAAGCUGACUGGACAACAAUCGAGUCGUGAGAUUAUCCCCAUUGUUGGCAUGGGAGGCAUUGGUAAGACCACUCUUGCUAAGAAUAUAUAUGUGAAUGCGCUUAUUGUGCAACACUUUGAUUUUCGCGGUUGGGCUACGAUUUCUCAAGAAUAUGAUUCGAAAGAGAUUCUUGUAGAAAUCCUUGUCUGCCUCAAAACUGUUUGGAGCAGGGAAAGAUUGGGACAAAUGGGGGAGCAUGAAUUAGGAGAAAAGUUACACAAAAGUUUAUCAGGUCGAAGGUAUUUGAUUGUGAUGGAUGACAUGUGGAGCAUCGAGGCGUGGGAUAGGAUUAAGUUCUUCUUUCCGGAUUACAAUAAUGGAAGUAGAAUAGUGAUAACCACAAGGCUGUCGAACCUGGCUCAUGAGUUGAGCGGUUCUUGUGGCCUUGAAGUGGGUUUUUUGGACGAGGAUAACAGUUGGAACUUGUUCCGAAAAAGUGUGUUUGGGGAACACGAUUGCCAUCUGGAUUUGGAAGAAAUUGGAUUGCAGAUUUCGAGAAACUGCAAAGGCCUUCCAUUGUCAAUCGUCGUGGUUGGUGGACUCCUGGCAAACUCCACCCAAACACGAGAAUACUGGCAGUUCAUUGCGAAGAAUUUGAAUUCAGUGGUGAAUUUAGAUGAGAAUGAACGUUGCUUGAGAUUACUACGUUUGAGCUACAAUCAUUUACCGGUUCAUCUAAAGCCGUGUUUUCUUUACCUGGGAAUAUUCCCAGAGGACACUGUGAUCCGCGCCUCCAGGCUCGUCAAGCUGUGGGUUGCGGAAGGGUUUCUGAAACCGAUUAGUGAUAAAACUCUGGAGGUAGCUGGCAAAGAGUACCUGAAAGAUCUUAUCCAGAGAAAUCUCAUUGUAGAUCAAGAAUUUGGGUACAAGGGAAAUAUAAAACGUUUCAAAAUCCAUGAUCUCGUGAGGGACCUAUGCAUAAAGGAAGCUGAGAAAGAAAGGUUUUUCCUUGUGGCAAAAACAGAUAGUCCUUACUCAGGGCAAAGCUGGCACACUCAACGCAGAAUAGGUAUUCUGAGACCAGAAUCAAGUAGCAGCAAACACAUUAACAUGGUGCAAUCCGCAACACAUGCUCGUUCUUUGAUAUGUAAUUACGCCGGAGUUGGGUCAACCCAACGUCUUUCCCCAUUGAUGAGGGUAUUAGACCAAAUCAGAGAAGUAGAUUCUUUAGAAGACAUCUUUCACCUGGUCAACUUGCGCCACUUCAUGGGCGCAAUCAAACUAUGGCAGCCCGGCCCGUUCCCUUCUUCAUUCUACCACCUUUGGAAUUUACAGAUGUUACAUAUUAUUGAUCCUUCUUAUUACCCACGAAAAGUAGUUGACAUCUGGAGGAUGCCUCGACUAAGGCACGUUAGAAUCAAUGGACUCGAUUUUGCUGAUCCCCCGACCAGCCACGACAAUUCCGGAGUCCUUUGGGACCUACAGACGCUCAAGUGCAUAUGGACUUCCAAGUGGAGUGAGGAGAUGAUGAGGAGAAUCCCAAAUCUGAAGAAGCUAAAUCUGAAGCUACUGUCCUCCUCUUCACGUGAUGAUGGUUACGCGCUCGAUAGUCUCUUCCGGCUGCAUCAUCUCGAAUCCCUUAAUUGCGAAUUCGCUGGUGUCCCUAAGGACCUGGCUUCGGGCCUCGUUUUCCCGGAUUCCCUCAGGAAGUUGAGCUUAAAAGGCACGAGGCUCGUGUGGGAAGAGAUGGCGGCCAAGGUCGGCCAUCUGCCGCAUCUUCAGGUGCUAAUUCUGCAUCGGUUAGCCUGCAAAGGGCCCAAUUGGGAAACCGUUGAAGGCCAGUUCAGUAGUCUCAAAGACUUGGAGGUCUAUGGUUGGCCUGACCUGGAAUUCUGGACGAUGGGGGAUUGGACCCACUUUCCGAGCCUCGAGCACCUCAUUCUCGGUGGCUUGCGUAACCUAAAGGCGAUUCCUUUGGAAAUCGGAUAUAUACCGACGCUGAAUUCGAUUGAGGUGAACAAUUGCAGCGAUUCGGCAGUGACGUCGGCUAAGGAGAUAGCGAACGAGGAAGAGGAGCUCGGGAAUGAUGAGGGCUUUCGGGUCAAAGUUGUGCUAUCCGAGAAGAGCCAAGUGCCAAAGAGCUUGGCCAGUGCUAACUUUCAAGUCUUACCUCAACCCAUCAUAUAUUCCGGUACGCAUGUAUUUUACUUUUAA